UUGUAUCGGGGAAGACUAGUUUUUUAUUUAACUGUGGUAAAUAGGCGCGAUGAUAGGAUUAAAAAACAGUCAUAAUUAGUAGUAGUUAGACACGUAUUUUCUAUUUAAAUUAAACUGAAAAAAAAACUAAAAUAUACCUAUAAUUCAUUUAAAAAGACUUUACGGUUGUGACGUCACUAUUCAAUUUUUUAAAUAUCUCUAUAAAAGUGAUAUAAAUUCCAAACGCAUUUGUCUUUGUUAUUUAUUUGUUUGUGAAAGAAAAAAGAAAAAUAAUCUUGAAAGAAAUCAUCUUGAAAAAAAAAUACAUUCUCGAUUUAUUUAUAUUUUUGAAUCAUAUUUCAAGCGUCAACUUGUAAAAAAGUCCAGCAUUCGAAUUGAGAACCUCCUUACGUCAUUAUAUUAAAAAAAUAAACUUCUGCAAUCGUUCUUUAUAGUAAUAUUUCGCUACAAUCUUCAUACGAGUUUUGCUACGGUCUAUUGAGCCUUGGUAAACAUCUAUAUAUGUGCAGAUUUCAUAAUAUAAAACGCAUUGUCCGUCUGUCCAUCACUUUGAACGGAGGCCUUUGCAGUUCUGACAAUGAGGUUGAUAUGCUUCUGGUGUUUUCUCCUCGCGGCGGCUGUCAGAGGUCAAAAUAACAACUACUAUGCACCACAGACCUUUCACCAAAAUGACCCAUACCAAAGGGCGUUGUUCUCGCCAGCGCCCAAUGACGUGAACGCUCAAAGUACUACCGUGGUAGACCCCUGGAGACCAGCUCCCGUCAAUGAGUGGAAAGAGCGCACCACAGCGGGUCCCAUAAUCCCGAAGGCGGAGCCGUGGCGUCUGCCGUACGGCCUCACCAAGGAGCAGCAAGCCGCCAUCUUGCACCACAAACAAUCACUCACUUCAGACGGCGCAUUCCGCUUCGAGUACGCAUCAGACAACGGCUUGGCGGCUGGAGAACAAAUAGAGCCUGAUGGCUCCAGGGUCGGCGCCUACCAGUACAAGGACCCCAGUGGACAGCUCGUCAAGUUGAAAUACAGGGCUGGGAAGGACGGCUUCCAGAUCUUGGAGGGCAGCCAUUUACCAAAGAGUCCGGAGCCUGUUCCUCCCAGCAACGCAGACAACUACUACCAGCAGGCGUACGCUCAACAGCGACAGCAGUACAACCUGCAGCAACAGUAUAAUCAGCAGAAACCCAACCCAGCCCAGCAGAACUGGGGACAGAACCAGGGUCCCUCAGAGCAGCGGCCCGCUGGUAACCAGUACUUUGUGUCCAAUUGGAGAGGUCAGAACGAGGACGACGGACAGUACCGUGAAAAUGAAGUAGACAACGCGAACAAACCGCACAGCUUCGGAGAUGGUUUUGCGUUCGCGUUUCAAGGAUAAAAACUAUUUGAAGCCCGCUAUUUAUCAUAAUUAACAACAUCUUUUUAAUUAAUUAAAGUCUUUCCUGCCCUGUUCGAUAGUUAUUUAGGGUCGGCACAAUAUGUUUUUCUCUUUAAUUCUUCCCUGUCAGCUGUUAUUCUAACAUCAUUUCUUAUUCAUGUCCUCUUUCAGGCAGUUAAUCCAUCUGUAUUUAUUAAAUUCUUCUUCGUCCUCCUGCCCUGUUCCCAAUUUUAUUUGGGGUCUUAGAAAGUCCCAGAGACUUCUUCUGACUUCUUACUGACAUAAAUUCUAUACUAAGAUAUUCUUCAGGAAACCAUCUAUCUACUUAGCGAAAACUGCCAGAAAAUUCGUUCAGUAGUUUAUAAGAUAAUUGGACGCGAAAAAAAAAAAUGUUUGCAGUCGUGACGGUUUUCACAGUAAAUUAUAUUUUUAUUUCAAAAACGAAAAUUUCAGACUAGCUUCCGCUACACUUGUGACUUCAUAGUUUCUACAAAGUCGUUCAGCUUUUUUGCACGUGAGGAAGUAACAAACUAACACACAUUCAGAAAGAAUUCACCUUUACAAUAUUAGUGUGAUAAAUUUAAAUUAAAAAGAUG